AUGAGUCGUGUAGAAGCAUUACGUGCGUUAAUCCAAGAAGAUGAAUGUGAUGCAUAUCUAAUCACGGAUAGUGAUGGUCAUUACACAUUCUAUUCAUUGUCACAAGAGAAUCGUCGUCUCAAUUGGAUCACAGAAUGCCAAGCACAAUGUGGAUUAGCUAUUGUCACUUUACAUGACGGAGCAUUCUUUCAGGCUCCACCGAAUUAUCGAUUAUUGGCAAAAGCGGAAGUCAAUACUGACGUGUGGACUAUUGUCGAUGACCUUGUCCAAUUGAUUAACAGUCAACGAUUGUCAUUGAAAAGAAUUGCUUAUGAUCCUCGUUUGACGCCUCUUUUUAUUAUUGAACAAUUCUCCUCUUUGAAAUCGAGUCUUUAUCCGAUCAAUUCAUCAAGCAAUUGGAUUGAUAUCAUUUCCAAAAAAGAAACAUCCAGUGAACGACCAACAUUAACACCCAUUUGGUCAUUGGAUGAACUUCGCUUUGCCGGACAAACAAGUACAGAAAAAGUGGAGAAAUUAAGACAAAACUAUUUAAGUGAUGGAGAGAAGAAAUAUACUCUUAUAAUUACGGCUAUGGAUGAAAUAGCGUGGCUUCUUAAUCUUCGUGGCAAUGAUAUGCAAUGUAAUCCACUCUUCUAUAGUUUUGCCAUUGUCUCAUGUGAUCAACUCUGGCUGUUCACUGACAAUCCUCAUGAGGCCAGUCUUCAUGUAUAUUUAUUUUGUGCUUAUUAA